AGCAAUACUGAGAAUUUUAGUUUCGUGGGGGUGUCAUGACGUCAUUAUCGUUCCACCAUACGAUUUCGUUGGGUUCAGUUGUGUUUUUUCUUGAGCAGCUAUCAUUGAAAAUACAACGAAGAAAGGUCACAAUAAAUCGUAAUCAAGAAAUUUCCGUCGAAUCGGAAUUCAUGGCAUAAUUAACUCUAUUAGUGAUCUCAUUAUCCAAACACUCGAGUGGAUUAUUUUCGUCUCUACGAUUUUAGAGUCAAAAAGUUGAAAAACAGAUCGAAUGGAAGUGAGUAUUCGAUCAAAAUCUGAAUGAUAAAAGAAAGGAAGAGGAUAAUUAGCUGAUGGAGAUGCAUCAUCAACGCACACCCCAGAAAUUCCCAGUAUUCGUGUUCCCACCGAACAUAACAUUUUAUUUAGAUGAUCAGUCAACACAUAAACAAGUGCUUACGUUGUAUAAUCCGUAUGAAUUUCCUGUUAAGUUCAAAGUACUGAGCACAGCACCGAAUAAAUAUAAAGUGGGUGACCCAGAGGGAGCGAUAAAACCAAAAAACUGCAUUGAUAUAGUGAUACGACACACAUCUUUGUUGCCAGCAAACUGCAAUGUUGUUGAUAAAUUCAGAAUACAGAUGCAAGAGCAUCCCACCAAACAGGUGAUAGGGAAGAGAGAUGUUGAAGCAAGAUUAUUGACAGGCACCAAUGACACUGCAGGACGAGGAACACCUGAUCCUGAUUCAUUUCAGCAGAUCCCUGGGACUGGAGAUAGACAACAGAGAUCUUACACUCUGUCAUCACAAACUAGGGGAUUUGACAGAGGAACAAAUUACGUAGCACUAAUUGCUGGAAUAAUUUGUAUAAUUGGAUUGCUCUUACCCACAGAGGGUGACAGAAGUCAACUAUUGCCCGAGUAUUUUCAUCUAUCAGUCAACUUUAAGCUCAUUUUCUCAUUCGUGCUAGGUAUGGUAACAAUAAUAGUCUUGAGGUUGUGAUGUGAUAUUAAGUGAUAAGUGACAAUGAGUCUUUUUCUACAAACAUGGAGAACGCACAAUUCAAGUUAAAGAAUUUGUAAUACAGAAAGGACAAUUAAUUAUGCCGAGUCAGCGCCCCCAGGGCUUACGUGCAAUUUCUCUCCGUAUUAUCCUAAUGGUGGUUGUUGAUGUACUUCAUACUAGUCCUCUCUCAAGUCUAAAUCAUUUAUACAAUUUAAGUAGAUAUUUCCAGGAGAUAUCAUUAAUGACUUCUUGACUUUUAAUACAGAUAUUUUUUUAUUGAA